AUGAUGAGGGUGUCGCAACUCUCUCCUUCCGUGUCGCUCGGCUUUGUAACUCUGCUUUCCUUGGGCCACGCGGCAUUUCUUGAGAAACGCGACCUUUUUCUACCGUCCGACGGCGAACUAGGCAAUGGCUGGGCAUAUCAGGGCUGUUACGUGGAUGUCGGUCGAACCAUCAACCAGGCGGAUACGGCAGAUGCGCAGAUGACGAACCAGAAGUGCACCCAGUUCUGCUUCGCGAAAGGGCUUCCCUACGCCGGAACCGAAUACUCCAGCCAGUGCUUUUGCGGCAGCCAGUUGGCGACUGGCGGUGUCGAAGCUGCCGCCGCAGAUUGCUCCAUGGCAUGCGGCGGAAACGGAACCCAGCCAUGCGGCGGCCCCAACAGACUGACCCUGUGGAAGUCGAGCCAAGUCACUGGACCCUCGGUGAAUCCGGGAACCGGCAACUGGACAUCGAUUGGGUGUUACUCUGAAGGCAAGACGGGCCGGGCCCUGAGCCAAGUCUUCUCCGUCCCGGGCGCCGAAAUGACUGUGGCCAAGUGCACGGCAGCUUGCAGAGCUGCCAAUGCUGGAAACGUAUUGGCUGGAGUUGAAUACGGAGGCGAAUGCUACUGCGGCAAGACGCUCUCCAAUGGAGCUCAGCCAACGGGCAGCGGCAGCUGCAACAUGGUUUGCAACGGCAACGGCACCGAAUACUGUGGAGGGCCAGGGGCGUUGAACCUCUACGACUACGGGAUGCAGUAUCCCACAAGCGCGAUCAGCGGCAGCAUCAGCGGCAGAGCCACCGACUCGCCGUCCGGAACCCCUUCUGCGUGUCCGGUCCAGCCCACCGCCGUGGGCGCCUUUGCUUGGGCGGGCUGCUAUACCGAGGCGACUGGCCGACGAGCGCUCAGUGACAAGACGUACGCAGCCGACGACAUGACCUUGGCGGCCUGCGCCCAGUACUGCGCAGGUUACACCCUCUUUGGGGUCGAGUACGCACGCGAGUGCUACUGUGGAAACAGCUUGAAUACGGGCUCGGCCAAGGCACCGUCCUCCGACUGUAACGCGGUCUGCUCUGGCUCCAGCUGCGAGCUGUGUGGGGCCGGCGACCGCCUUUCUGUCUACACCCGGGGGGUUGAUGUCGAUCCUGCAACAUCUUCAACGCCCGUAUCCACAUCCUCAGCCUCAGCCUCAGCACAGGGGGGACCUGCGGCUACCGGCCUGCCGGAGGGCUGGUCGACCUAUGGCUGCUGGGUCGACGGCGUCUCCGGCCGUAUACUUAACACCCAGCUCCCCGACGACGCCAACCUGACCCUCGAGUCCUGCGCAAAGGCCUGCAGCGACGCCAAGUACACCAUUGCCGGCGCCGAGUACUCGAGGCAGUGCUUCUGCGGCAACCAAAUCGUCAACGGAGGCGUGACGGCCAAGUCGGACGCCGAGUGCAACACGCCCUGCGGAGGCAACCCCCAGCAGAACUGCGGCGGCGGCGGCCGAAUCACAAUCAUGUCCCUGGGCCAGCCUCAGGUGCUGGCACCGCCCGGCGUCAUCCCCGUCGUCGGAAGCUGGCAGUACCAAGGCUGCUACCAGGACAAUGUGAACCAGCAAAAGACCUUCUUCUGGCAGAACUUCAUGGAGACCAACAUGACCCCCAAGAGGUGCCUGGACCUCUGCGCCGACUUUGGCUACAUGGCCGCCGGGCUCGAGUACGGCAAGGAGUGCUACUGCGGCGACCCGGCCAACAUUGACGCCCGGGGCUCCAAAAAGGUCGACGACAAGCAGUGCAACGUCCCCUGCAGCGGAAACGCCUCGGCCUUGUGCGGCGGCGGCAACCUGCUGUCGACGUACUUUUGGACAGGCGAGCCCUUCUAUUCCUGGUCCUUCCCGCCUGCCGGGUCUCCGGACGCCGGGUCCUACGAGUUCCUCAUCGGCGGCGUUUGCGUCCCGCUCAUCACGUCUCAGGCCAUCAACGGCAAGGUCACCUUCCUCGAGAAAUGGGGGACCGGGCCGCCCAACUCCACGGGUGCCUACGAGCUGGACCUGUCCUCCAUCGACAACUUCAAGCUCGCCUGGAGAGAGAUGCACGUCAAGACGGACAUCUUCUGCGCCGGCGGCUUGACGCUUCCCGACAAGGCCGGGCGCCAGAUCAACGUGGGCGGCUGGUCCGGCGACUCCACCUACGGCGUCCGCCUGUACACGCCAGACGGCUCCGCCGGCGUGCCCGGCAAGAACGACUGGGAGGAGAACGCUGCCGUGCUCAAGCUGCAGCAGGGGCGCUGGUAUCCCACCGCCAUGAUCAUGGCCAACGGCUCCAUCCUGGUCAUUGGUGGCGAGGUCGGGUCCAACAGCGCCCCCGUGCCAACCAUCGAGAUACUUCCCUACACGGGCACCAAGCCUCUCACCAUGGAGUGGCUUCAGCGGACGGACCCCAACAACCUCUACCCCUACGCCUGCGUGCUGCCCUCGGGAGGCAUCUUCGUCGCCUACUACAACGAGGCUCGCAUCCUGGACGAGAACAACUUCAGCACCGUCAAGACGCUCCCCAACAUCCCCGGCGCGGUCAACGACCCCAUGGGCGGUCGCACCUAUCCCCUCGAGGGAACGGCCGUUCUCCUGCCUCAGCACGCGCCCUACACCGAUCCGCUGGGAAUCCUCAUCUGCGGCGGCUCCACGAACGGCGUCGGAAACGCCCUCGACAACUGUGUCAGCAUCUACCCGGACGCGGCCAAUCCCAAGUGGGCGCUCGAGCGCAUGCCGUCGCAGCGCGUCAUGACCUGCAUGGCCCCCCUCCCCGACGGCACGUACCUCAUUCUGAACGGCGCUCACCACGGCGUGGCCGGCUUCGGCUUGGCCAAGGAUCCCAACCUGAACGCCCUGCUCUACGACCCGACCAAGCCGCUCGGCUCGCGCAUCACCGUCAUGGCCAACACCACCGUCGCCCGGCUUUACCACUCCGAAGCCAUCACCCUGCUGGACGGACGCGUGCUCGUGUCUGGCUCGGAUCCCCAGGACGGCGUCAACCCCGAAGAGUACCGCGUGGAAACCUUUACCCCUCCCUAUCUCAAGAGAGGCAAGCCCCGCCCGACCUUUGCCAUUGACAACAAGGACUGGACGUACGGCCAGAAAAUCACGCUCGAGCUGGGCUCGGCGGCCAGGAAUGGCGCCAUCAGCGCCUCCCUCUUGGGAUCCGUCUCCAGCACUCACGGAAACUCGAUGGGAGGCCGCACCCUCUUCCCAGCCAUCGCGUGCUCGGGAACCUCGUGCACGGUCACAUCGCCGCCGGGCAAGUACAUCGCCCCGCCAGGCUGGUACCAGUUCUUUGUUCUCGACGGCGGCAUACCCGCUGUCGGGGUGUUUGUGCGCAUCGGCGGCGAUCCAGCGCAGCUGGGCAACUGGCCCAAGGGUGCCGGCUUCAACCCGCCAGGUGUCUAA